GUGUCGUAGCACCACGAGCGGUUCGAGAAACAACUUGCGGAGGGUCAGGAUGCAGAGUCCUCAAUGUCAAAGAGUUGUGUCGGCGAACAUACACACAGGAAUCGACUUUACGUUACCACUGUUGCCAGAGGUUGAUAUAAAGGAUAUUAAACAAUAAGUGGCCUUUCAAAGAGGUCCCUCCGCACCCCCAGCCCCAUCUUUGGUGUAUGUGACCUUGCCAACCAUGUCCACCCAGAUCUGUAGAGUGGUGGAGCUGAUGAUACGCUCUACAUGCUGUCAUACAAUCAGAAGUAGAUCCUGUUGGCGUAAAGGAGUGUUGGUCCCUGUUGCUCCCUCUGGACUCUGUGCUCCUGGGGCUCCUGUCCUUCAAAGAAGGGCAUACAGUCUGGAUGCUCUGUCUUCUGGCCGGCCCACAAUAGGUCAGAGUUCCCAGCAACCCCGUGUGGAGAGGUCAUCCCCCUCCUCAGCGCUAACACAAAGAAACCUAUCUGCUGUGGCUGUACAGGGGCAAUGUCGUCCUCUGUGCCAUUUUGACUUCCUGGACAUUGGGGAGGUAGAGGAGAACAUACGCCGUGCACAGGCCUGUAGAAAAAUCAGACACUUCAUCGUUGACCCACAUCUUGCAAAUCUUGUGACAGAGCACCUCGGACCUGAGAUCCAGGAUGCAAAAACUGUUGUGUUUGAAUGUAACCCAGGGCCAGGUGUCCUAACAAAGACAUUGUUGAAUGCUGGAGCUCAGAGAGUUGUUGCUCUUGAGGGAGAUAAGUCCUUUCUACCUGACCUGCAGGAGUUGGAAGGACGUCUUGAUGGUCAGCUAGAAGUAGUUAAUUGUGACUACUUUAAACUGGACCCAAUAGGGAGUGGCAACCUUAAACCUCCUGCCAUGUGUACUGACAAGCUUUUCACUGAUCUGGGAAUAUCAGAAGCUAACUGGACUGAUGAUGUCCCAGUGAAGGUGGUGGGCAUCCUGCCCCAGAGUAAAGAGCGGGGUUUGCUGCUGAAGAUGGUCUAUGCUUUGUUUGAACGGCUGUCUAUGUACAGAUAUGGACGGAUUGAGCUCAACCUCUUUAUAAGCGAGAAGGAAUAUACGAAACUGGUUUCCCGUCCAGGUGAAAUGCUGUACUACAGAGCCUUCAGCGUCCUCUGGCAAAUGGCCUGUGAUAUUGAACUACUUCACAAGGAGCCAUGGGAAUCAUUUGUGGUGUCUUCAAGACAAAGUUCAUCAGCUCCUAAAGGCAAACUUCCUAAUGAUCACUUGUGUCUGGUUCGUCUGCGUCCUCGAGCUGAUCUGUUCUCUGGAGGCCUCACUCCCUCCAAUGCUUCCACUCUCCUCAUGAUGGUUAAGCAGUGUUUGGCAAAAAGGAAGAUCAAGCUCAUCGACAGACUCAAUCUCUGGUCUCCAGAUAGUGGGAGUAAAUUGUUAUCAGAGAUGGGCAUGCCAGAGGACAUUCUGACUGGUCAUGUAUAUCCAGAAGAGUAUCUUCGACUGUUCCAGUUGAUGGACAAAAGCCAGGAAUUCACACAGAGCUGGCUUUAUGAAGAGAUCCUGGAGAACACACAGAGGGAGGGCUGGGCCUAAAUUAUGGACUUCCAAAUACUGCUGUAUACUGUAAAGUUGUUGUAAUAUAAAUGAGAUUAAUACAAUGUGUGAUGUAAAGGAACAGAAAAGGUGUAAGAAUGGACACAAAUGACAGGUAUGUAGUAUCAGUCACAACAAUCACCUCAAUAAACUUUAUGAAAUAGAUAUAGUAGCAUAUACUGCUGAAAUAUACUGACAUAAUAAGCUAAUGUGCAGAGUGAUGGAGAUGUUAAAAACAUCUUUGACAUCUGCGUUGUCCUCAAAGGAGUGUCCAAAGUUCUAAGAUUUUGGUCAAAAGCCUUUUUUUCUGUUUCCUUGUCUAAAAUUUAGAGUUGGUAUUUUCCUUUCUUUGCCACAGAGAGAGAAAUUGUAUUGAAAUGAAAGCCUUUCUUGGUACAAAUAAGGUCAGAAAUGGUUAAAUUAUGUUUUUUUAAAGCUUAAUUUAACUCUUAGCACAGAUAGGUUAUAAGAAAGUCAUAAGAGUCAUGUAGUUUAGUAAUGAACAUAAUAUCAGAAUUCAGUUAUGUUGAUGCAAUGUAUUUAAUGAAUGAUUGAUAAAACUUAGGUUUUCUAAUGAAAUAAAAUUAAAUAUACUAGCAUGUGUGGGAAAUUCAAAAGAACUCAACCUCGCAUGUUUUGGAGUAGAGUUCCAUACCUUCGGCAGAGAAGCAGCUUAAAAGUCCAUUACUGGGGCUAACAAACUGAGGAGUUAAGUAUGGCUUUGUCACUGAAUGCUUUUAUGUUUUAUGGGUCUGUUGUGUGUGCAUUUUGAGUCCAUAUACAAAUGCUUGUCUGAUGAAUUUUUAAAACAAGUUAUUGAAGUAAAAUUUGGAUGUUGGGGAAGAAAAUGGAGAUGUAAAGUUUUGGUUACAUGCAGUGAAAACAUUCUUCAGUUGGUCAUUACGUUUUAAAACAUUUCUUCUUUGGACAGUGAUGGUUCUACUUUUCAUGAUCGCUUCAGUUGUCUAACUUUGUCUUAUAGCAAUAAGUAAAUUAUUUGACUUUAAUGCCCCUUUGUUAAAUUUAAUUUUGGUAUGUGUACUAUCUUUAUACUUCUACUCCUGUACAUCUCAGAGGGAAAUAGUUUACAUUUCACCUUUUGCCUGACAGCCUUGUUAAUAGUUGCUUUUAAGACUAGUGUUUCAGUCCCUUCAUGUCUAGUUAGAGCUGCACAUCUCCAAAAUGUGAUGAUUUGAAUAUUUCUGAUAAACUGAAGGAUGAAUUGUCCCUUUUUGAGUUGAGAAAGUUGUCCACAGG